UUGUCGCGCGCGUGUCGCAUUCUCUCGCGCGCGCUCGCGUGAUGUUUGUGCUGAGGAGGCGGGAAAAUGGCGUCCCCGCACACGGCUGAUCUGUGAGCAGACAUCGGCUAACAUCGCGGCUGGCAGCGGCGACCUCCGCCGGAGAGGGCUGGGGGGCUUCUCGGUCCCGGCAGCGAGCCCAACUCGCCGCUGGACGUCUUAGAAGCAGCGCCUCCUCCAUUUUGUUGGCAUUUCUUCCAUGUGAUGCUGGAGCAUGAUGCAGCUGAGAGCGCGUAAAGCUCCUCAGCAGCCAACCCUGGGCGGUGGAGUCCACACGUCCCGGGCCAAGAGGAAACACUGUCCAGUGGAAUCAUCCCCACUGAGAGGCCGAGGAAAAAUGCAGAAGAAUGAAAGGGGUCUUGUCUCCAGCAUAAAGACAUUUAUUCGGGGGACUGCUGUCAAGGUGGAGCCGGAUAUUCCCGCCAAGAGGAGUCGCAUUGAUUGUAGCUCUGAAGGUAAUCUCAUUACUUCAACACCGCAAACAAGAACCCUUGCCAACAAAUCAGUCUCCAGGGUUUGCAGAAAAAGUCCAAUUAAAGAUACAAUGACGUGCAACAGCAAGCCCUUAAAGCCAAACGGCAAGCUUGAAGCUCCAGUUGAGGAAGCGAGCAGUACGCCGCGCACUACACUGCUGGGAACAAUCUUUUCUCCUGUUUUCAACUUUUUCUCACCAGCAACUAAAACUGCCACUCCGGGUUCGGACUCUCCUGGCCAAGCGAUGGAGGCAGAGGAGAUCAUGAAGCAACUAGACAUCGAGCAGGCAGAGGAAAUGCCAAGCAGCACGCUCACAUCCUCCGAGGGCAUCACCGCUUGUCACGCUGCCCCCAUGUUUCCGCAGAGACUGCAGAUGACUUCAGACUCCACCAUAGAGGACGCAGAGAUUGUGACUGAAACUGACAUGCCCUCAUUAACAGCUCCUGGUUGUUUGCCAGUUGGCAGCUAUCCACACACUUUACCUUCCACCCCUGCAGAGCCGUCAUAUGAGGAUGACUGGGAGGUGUUUGACCCGUACUUUUUCAUCAAGCAUGUGCCGCCUCUGACAGAAGAGCAGCUGACGCGCAAACCAGCUUUACCUUUGAAAACCCGCAGCGCGCCAGAGUUUUCUCUUGUCCUAGAUUUGGAUGAAACUCUGGUCCAUUGCAGUUUGAACGAGCUGGAAGAUGCCGCUUUGACGUUCCCUGUGCUCUUCCAGGACGUGAUAUACCAGGUGUAUGUGCGAUUGAGACCCUUUUUCCGAGAGUUUCUCGAACGCAUGUCGCAAAUGUAUGAGAUUAUCCUCUUCACGGCGUCAAAAAAAGUCUAUGCUGACAAGUUGCUAAACAUCUUGGAUCCAAAGAAGCAAUUAGUCAGACACCGUCUCUUUCGGGAGCAUUGUGUGUGCGUGCAAGGAAAUUAUAUAAAAGACCUCAACAUUUUGGGACGAGAUCUUUCCAAGACGAUAAUAAUCGACAACUCGCCACAAGCCUUUGCCUAUCAGCUAUCUAAUGGGAUUCCAAUCGAAAGUUGGUUUGUUGAUAGAAAUGACAGCGAGCUUCUCAAGCUUGUUCCUUUCCUGGAGAAACUGGUGGAACUGAGGGAAGACGUCAGGCCGCACAUCAGAGAGCGCUUUCGUCUGCACGACCUCCUGCCGUCAGACUGAGCGCGUGCAGAUCGCCAUGGAAACACGAGGAUGUCUUCAAUGGAUGACACUUUUAAUACUCAGACUAAGAAAAAGUGUUUUGAUGCAGGACUUGAUUGAGGAUGUUUGUUCUGCCACUCCAACAACAAACUGAAUGUGAUUCUGUAGACCUGGUCCCAGGAUGGCCAGUCCAACCUGGACUACACUUAUUUCUGGCUCUUCUCUUGUAAAUAUAUGUACAGAUUGUUUUUGCCUUUUUAACAUUUUUAAGUCCUUUUUAUUUUUGGAUUUUAGUAAGGAUUUUUUUUUUUUUUUUUUUUUAAGGAAAUAUGUUGGUGUUUUGUUUGCUUUCCUCCGUUCCAUGCACAUUUCUACAAGGUGGCGUUCCAAUAAAAAGAGGACAAAGUGUAGUUCCAUGCACAUUUCUACAAGGUGGCGUUCCAAUAAAAAGAGGACAAAGUGUAGUUCCAUGCACAUUUCUACAAGGCGGCGUUCCAAUAAAAAGAGGACAAAGUGUAGUUCCAUGCACAUUUCUACAAGGUGGCGUUCCAAUAAAAAGAGGACAAAGUGUAGUUCCAUGCACAUUUCUACAAGGCGGCGUUCCAAUAAAAAGAGGACAAAGUGUAGUUCCAUGCACAUUUCUACAAGGUGGCGUUCCAAAAAACAGAGGACAAAGUGUAGUUCCAUGCACAUUUCUACAAGGUGGCGUUCCAAUAAAAAGAGGACAAAGUGUAGUUCCAUGCACAUUUCUACAAGGUGGCGUUCCAAUAAAAAGAGGACAAAGUGUAGUUCCAUGCACAUUUCUACAAGGUGGCGUUCCAAAAAAAAGAGGACAAAGUGUAGUUCCAUGCACAUUUCUACAAGGUGGCGUUCCAAUAAAAGGAGGACAAAGUGUAGUUCCAUGCACAUUUCUACAAGGUGGCGUUCCAAAAAUCAGAGGACAAAGUGUAGUUCCAUGCACAUUUCUACAAGGUGGCGUUCCAAAAAAAAGAGGACAAAGUGUAGAUCCAUGCACAUUUCUACAAGGUGGCGUUCCAAAAAAAAGAGGACAAAGUGUAAAAAGAACAGGUUUGAUGUAAACUAGAAUAGACUUAAGUGAAUACAAAGCCAUGAUGGCCAAGCCAUCAUUUUGGAGAUUUGUAUUUGCACUCUGACAUCUGCACUUUUGUAAGAUCUUGUCUCUCACUUUUCUAGUCGCCUCAACUUUCAGCAGGAAUGACAAGACAAAACAAAAGAGCGCAAAGCACCGACAUUUGCUGUGGGAUCUUUUAGGAGUUCCACCUUUUAUGGACUAUUGGAUGAUCAAUCCUGUUGUAAUUCAGUGUUAUUCAGUGGUCUCCUUGAAAAUAAAUACAUUUUUAUAGGA